UGUUUGUUGAACAACACAAAUGUCAUUGAAAAUGAAGACAUAGAUAAUAAAAGAAUUAAAUUACUAUUAUCUGUGUAUUAAGAAAGAUGAAAAACACUAAAAUGUCAAGUGAAGAGCGUAAAAAAGGUGAAAAAACUCUUUAGCUUGUACAAUAAUGGAACGCUUAUUUUGGUGGAAAAGGAGUGAAAAUCGAAGCUAGUGAGAAAAAAAAGAAGAAACAAAUAUAGAAAAAAAAUCAAUAUAGUUAAUUUUUGAUGAAAAACACGACAAAAUAGAAAUGUCAAGAAGAAAUAACAAUUGUUUUGUGGGAAAAAAAAUCAUUUCCAACUAGUGGUGCAAAAAGUAAAAAGGAUCCAUUUUGGAGGGAAAAAGCUUUUAUUGAUUAAUGAAAAGAGGAAAAAAUUUAAAGAAUAGGUGUGAAUAAAGUUUGACGUGAUGUAAACGUUGAGUAAGCCUUGCCGUGUGGAUACUGAAAUUGAAAAAAUUCCAUAAUAGUAUAGUGGAUAUUAUCGUGUACAUAUGAAUAAAAGAACCGUUAUAUGGAAUUAAAAAUAAAUUGAAAUUUUUAUAUUACAAAGUGUCGUGAGAAAGUGUAAAAGAGAAGGAGUGAGAGAGAGAGAAAAUUCUUUUCACACACGGAAGAGCUGAAAAACCAACCGAUUUGUUCAUUCUGUGUGUUAUUUUUUUCUUAUUGCGAUUUCAACUGAGAGAAAUACAUACCGACGUAUCCAUAUAGGAAAUCCAAAAUGGCGGAAUAUGAUAAUAUACAAUUAAACUCUAAUUAUCAACCAUAUUAUAAACGUAAUAAAGUAAAUGACAACAGCUUAGUGUCUGAUACAAAAUCGACCCGAAAGAAAAUUAAUCAUAAUGAUAAUGAAAUAAUAACAUCACUAGCACAUAAAAGGCCAAAAACAAGUUAUUGUAGUUUUACUAUCACUACAAAGAAUAAUAGAAAUAAUAAUAAAUAUAACGAUGAAAUAAUAAAUAAAAGUAAUAACAGGAAUGAUAUGCAUAAAUCUGUAACAACAGCAUUGUUUAGCGAUAGCACGAAACCACCAUUUGUAGCAGAUUCCCAACUUCUUAUCAUUGAUCGCAACAAUAUUAUUGAUAAAAAUAUGAGCUGUACAAAAACAACAAUAUCACCACUAAAAAAAUGCAUCGAUAAUUACAAUAAUAAUGAUAAUAAUACUAAAUCCUGUAAAUCCUCGAUUAAAAAAUAUUUUAGUUGUUAUAACAAAUCAAAUAAUUUACUUAAGUUAGCAUUGUUAUUAAUAAUCGGUUUGAUGUUUAAAGUUAAUCUAUGUUGUGCUUUUCAAUUGACCGGAUCUGAAAACUCUUAUGCAAUGUUCCGAAAAUGGUAUGCUGGUUUAAAUGGAUCCCUCGAGUUAGAAUUUAAAACUGAACAACCUAAUGGAUUAUUACUGUAUACUGACGAUGGUGGAACUUAUGACUUUUUUGAAUUAAAACUCGUUGAAGGCACAUUACGCUUACGUUAUAAUCUCGGUGGUGGAGCGCAAAUUAUUAGUGUAGGACGUGAUUUGCAUGAUGGGCAUUGGCAUAAAGUUCAGGUGCUUCGGAAUGAUGAGCAUACGACAUUAACUGUUGAUGGUGUAUCGCAGAGCAAAGUGUCACGUGGAAAAGAAUUUCUAUUUGGAAAUUUUGCGAAAAAUUCUGAGAUAUUUGUUGGUGGAAUGCCAAGAGAUUACAAUAAGAAAUUAUCGUUACUUGCUUUACCAAGUGUUGUGUUCGAGCCAAGAUUUCGAGGACAUGUGAGGAAUUUAGUUUAUACAGAUCAACCUGGAGUCCUUCCUCGACGACAAGAAAUGAAACCAUCUAAAGAUAUAAAGUGUGGCGACUCCCCAUGUGAUCUUACUGAUACGCCCAGUCAAAGUAAAGUAACUCGUGGAUUACGUAAUAACAUCACAGAUGCUUGUGAAAGACACGACCCAUGUCAACACGGUGGAAUUUGUAUAUCUACUGAUUCUGGUCCAUUAUGUGAAUGUCGCAAUUUGGAAUACGAAGGCACUUACUGUGAACGAGAUAAAGCACCAAGUGAAGCAACAUUUCGCGGAACCGAGUUUUUAUCUUAUGAUUUAGGACAAACUGGUGGAGAACCAAUCGUUAGCGCACAAGACGCCAUAUCAUUGUAUUUUAGAACUAGACAGCCCAAUGGAUUACUCUUUUUUACCGGCCAUGGAACUGAUUAUUUGAAUUUAGCAAUUCGCGACGGUGGUGUUUCACUGACGAUGGGAUUAGCAAACGGAAAACAAGAAAUGCAUAUAAAACCAGCUCGCGUGCGCUUUGAUGAUCAUCAAUGGCACAAAGUGACAGUUCAUAGAAGAAUACAAGAAAUAUCAUCUAUAACUAGUUUUUGUCGUCUUGUUGUGGUUGUUGAUGAAGUUUAUACAGAUCAUUCGCACAUAGCUGGGAAAUUCACAAUAUUAUCAUCUUCGAAAGUAUAUGUCGGUGGCUCAGUGAAUCCUAGAGCAUUACUCGGAGCGAGAGUUCAUAAUAAUUUUGUAGGAUGUCUACGAAAGGUGGAAUUUUCUGCAGAUACAUUACGUUUAAAUCUCAUUGAUUUAGCAAGAACGGGAUCAAAACUAAUACAAGUGGUUGGACGAGUAGACUAUAACUGUCCAUCGGGUGACCCUCAAGAUCCGGUAACAUUUACAACUCGAGAUUCAUACUUGGUACUGCCUCCAUGGGAAGUGUCAAAACAGGGAGUUAUUUCGUUCAAGUUUCGCACAAAUGAACCAAAUGGAAUGAUUUUACUGGCAACUAGCACUCGAUCUCCUAAGUCAAACUUUUUUGCUGUUGAACUACUUAAUGGACAUAUUUACAUACAUAUCGAUCUUGGAACGGGUGCUUCAAAAGUAAGAGCUUCACGUCGACGUGUUGAUGAUGGUGUCUGGCAUGAACUGACUGUACGAAGAAGUGGAAGGGAAGGAAAAGUGGGUGUUGAUGGACAAUAUAAUGAAUUCAAAACGCCUGGAGACUCAACGCAACUUGAAUUAGAUAGUCCAUUAUAUAUUGGUGGCACAGGACCAUCAUAUGCAAAUGUAAAUAUUCCUCCAGCUUUAUGGACUGGAACUCUUCGUCAAGGAUACGUUGGAUGCUUACGAGACUUAGUACUUAGCGGAAAGCCAGUUGAUAUUGCAGCAUACGCAAGACAACAGGAUACAGCUGCAGUUAAACCAUCAUGCCAUGUUCAAACAGUACAAUGCACACCAAAUCCAUGUCAUAAUGGUGGUGUGUGUAGUGAUGGUUGGAAUCGUCCAUUAUGUGAUUGUUCUGCAACAUUAUACACAGGACCAACAUGUGGUCGAGAGUCAGCGACAUUAGUUUUUAACGGAUCACAACAUUUAACUGUUUGGACGAAUGGAUAUGGCAAUCAAGGUGUUAGGACACAAACUGAGGAAUUAGUUUUACGAUUUAAAACUUCACGACCCACGGGACUUCUCCUGCUAACAAGUGCAGAUACUAAUUCGCCCGAUCGCUUAGAAAUAGCUUUAAUUGCUGGCCGUGUCAGGGCUAGCGUUCGCUUGGGUGAUCGAGAAAAGAAUUUGUUAGCAGGUCAAGGGGUUCUUAAUGACAAUAACUGGCAUACGGUGAGAUUUUCACGUAGAGCAUCGAAUUUGCGACUUCAAGUUGACGGGGCUGCCCCCGUGCGUGGUAUGUUAUCUGAAACAAUAUUGGGACGGCAUAGCACAUUGGAAGUAAGAUCUCUGCAUUUGGGAGGACUUUUUCAUGCAGAAGAAGAAAUCCAAAUGACUGCAACAAUGCCAAAUUUUGUCGGGCAGCUACAAGGAUUCGUAUAUAAUGGACAUAGAUACAUUGAUGUUGUAAAAUCAUUGGGAUCAGAAUUGAAUGCAGUACCUCAAACCACUUAUAAAUUAACGGCACGCUUUAUAAACUCACCACCCGGCAAUCCAUAUCAGACAGCAACUUUCAAAUCAAAGCAUUCGUAUGUCGGUCUUGCAAUGCUUAAAGCAUUCGAUUCAAUAGCAAUAGAUUUUCGAUUCAAAACCCUGGAGCCUAAUGGAAUAUUAUUUUUCAAUAGUGGCAAAAAGAGUGACUUUAUUUGUAUAGAAUUGGUAAAUGGUCACAUUCAUUACAUAUUUGACAUGGGAGAUGGACCAGUAACCAUUCGUGAUAAAAGUAAAGUUCACAUGAAUGAUAAUCGAUGGCAUUCUGUUAGUUUAAGACGACCUGGGCCUAAAAUCCAUUCAUUGAUGGUAGAUGAUACAUUAGAGACAUUUGUAACAAAUGGAAAUUCAAUGCAUUUAAAGCUCGAUGGAAUUCUAUAUAUUGGUGGAGUCUUUAAAGAUAUGUAUGCUUCUUUGCCUAUUGGAAUUGCAACUCGAUCAGGAUUUGAAGGAUGUUUAGCAUCACUUGAUUUAGCGGAUUUAUCACCAAGCCUAAUUGAAGAUGCAGUUGUUCCUAGUUCACUUGUUAUGGGUGGGUGUGAAGGACCAACGAAGUGUAGCCAGAAUGCUUGUGCAAAUCGUGGAAUUUGCGUCCAACAAUGGAAUACAUAUGCUUGUGAAUGUGACAUGACAUCCUUUACUGGACCAACUUGUUAUGAUGAAUCUGUUGCUUAUGAGUUUGGUGCCAGUCGAGGACUCAUUCAAUAUCAAUUUCCAGCAGGAAAUCAACCUGAUACUGAAGAAGAUAAUAUUUCUUUAGGCUUAAUGACAUUGAAAACAGACGCAGUUCUUUUAAGAAUCGAAAGUUCAAAUACUCAAGACUAUUUCGAAUUGGAAGUUGUUGAAGGGAACAUUUUUGCAGUCUUCAAUAUAGGAUCACAAGAUUUGCCGUUGGGUGAAAUUGGCGUAAAAGUUAAUGAUAAUAAUUAUCAUGUUGUGCGAUUUACACGAAGUGGUGGUAAUGCUACCUUACAAAUUGAUGAUUAUAAUGUACAAGCACUUCACGCUCAAGGUCAUAUAUCAACAAUUUUCAACUCUAUGGGAAAUAUUCAAGUUGGAGGCAAAGUACCGAAAGGAGUCAGUCGUUCUCGCAUCGAACGUCCAUUUGCUGGAGUAAUAACUGGUCUCUCGAUAAAUCGUUUACGCAUUCUUGAUCUUGCGGCUGAACGAGAUCCACAAAUUACGAUUCGAGGAGAUGUACAAUUGGUAACUGGAGUAUUAGAUAGAAAUGACCUCCAAAGAAUGCAGCAGACUCCUCCAAGUGGCUAUCCAGGUGUAAUGGAUGAUCUAAUAUUUUCUGGUGCUGGUUCAGGAUGCCGGGGAGAUGACGAAGAUGAAUGUAUGCCACCAUUUGAAAAUGGAAGUGGAGAUGAUUUGAUUACUCCAAUUUAUGUUCCACCAACCAAACAAACUUUAAGUCAAACUAAGAAAAAAGAAAAAGGUGAAAGUGAAAAAUCGUGCGAUGAUGAAGAUUGUUUACCUGGAUCUGGUUCUGGAGAAGUAACGGAUACAUACUCUACUACAUUAGUAACAUCAAAGACUGAAUCUAAAGAAACAAGUCCAGAUUUCACAUCAUCAUAUACGACAACAGAAGAUCGAAGGACUGAUACAACAAUUCCAGAUUCAACAAAAUCUGAAGCUCGUGAUGAUCUGAGCUCAUCUAGUGGAACAUUUGGUAUUCAUGAAACGACACAUCCGCAAACUUCAUCUGGAACGAGCACAACCAUUUCUUUAUCAAGCAGUUCGACAAGUGUAGCAACAAGUAGUAGUAGCGCAACCAGCACGACAAGUACUAGUACAGGAACUACAACCAGUACAACAACGACACUUAAAACCACACCAUUUAUUCCACCACAGACCGAAACGACGAUUCCAUAUCAUCCAAAAGAAACAUUUCCACCAGAGCCAAGCACUCCCGAUGAAGAUAUUAAUAAUGAAAUUUUCAGCAAUGGACAUCCUGAAGAUUCAGAUUACGAUAAUGGUCACUUUGAGCAACCUAUUCCUGAGCCUGAAACUGAACCUCCACCUCCUCCCAUUUAUAAUAAAACACCACCACCUUAUAGUCAUCGAGAUCGUGAUCAAUCAGUUUAUCGUGACUCUACAAGACCGCCACCUAAAAAUAAACAUGGUCGAAUAAAUUCUGAAGCAGAAGAAAGAACAGCGAUGAUUAUUGGAAUUGUUGCUGGUGCUUUAAUCGCUGUAAUACUUGUUAUACUCUUAGUCUUAUGGAUAAAAUCAAAUGGAGAUCGUUCUUAUAAAAUGGAACAUGAUCUGAAGUAUGGUCAUGGAGCUAAUGCAGCGCUUUUAGGACAUAAUGCAGGACAUCAUUCAAACCAGCAUCAUCAUAAUCAACAUCAUGGAAACAAUAAUAUGAAUCAGCCGAAUAAUCAAAAUCAAGAUCAGUCACAAUAUCAAAAUGGAAAUAAUAAUUUUAAUCAUGGCUCUAAUUAUGAUGCACAAGAAAGUCCUAAUAUGGGAGCAAAUGGAUCUCUAAGACAACAAGGCAGUCAUUAUGAUCGUAAUGGAAUGAAUGCAGGUCUGGUGCAGCCCAAAGCAAAACGUAAUUCCAAAGAUAUUAAGGAGUGGUACGUGUAAAAUGAUUUUAAGUUAAGAUUUAAAAAAUAUGAAACUACAAUCAGUGCUGUGGAAAUAUCAUUAAAAAAUAUCUGUAAAAUAUCUGUAGGAAAGACAACAAGUAAUGUAAACAUUAAAUCUAAAGUCAUGAUAUCAACUCAUAUUAAUAUCAGUAAGAUAACAACCCGAAAUAUAUAAUAAUUUUUUGCUCAUUAUUUAAUGACAUGUCCUAUCGGGUAAAAUAAAACUAAUGUGAUUAGCAAGGAAAACUAAAUAGCUUAAUGGAGUCACAAAAAUUUGUGCGUGUGAAUAUUAUUACGAACGGUGAAAUUUUUCAUUUUAGACAGCGCUUAAAAUAAAUCUUAUUACUAUAUAUAAAACAAUCACGAAACUCUUAAAAACUCUAUUUGACAGAUCAAUUCUUACUAAUCCUUCAAAAAGAAUAUUUCUUUAUCCUUACCUGCACAUUGAAAAUACGGAAAAAUAUUAUUGAAGAUAAAGCAAAAACAUAUUAACUAUUCAUACCAUUUAUUAUUUUGUAAGUAAAGUAAGACACAAAAUUUAAAAUGCAGCUAUUUACGCAUAAGUACACAGGCAUUUGAAGUAUAUAAUCAAAUUAACAUAUUUAUAUAUAUAUAUAGACUAAAAAAUCAAAUCUGUAGAAAUAUUUCCAUAUUUCGUAUGACUGGAUUGUUCAUGAAAUUCAACUUAUUUAUUACUCUUUUCCAAAUAUCCUUUAAAUUUUACUUGUCUUUAAAUUGAAUUUUUCUCGAAAAAGCAGCAUAACAGUUUAUAACAGUUUAUUAUAGUUACAAACAAAAAUCAAGAACCACUAAUAAUUUCUUUACAAAAACAGAAUAUAUUAACUCACUCUAAUCAAAAAUUAUUGAUCAUUAUGUUAACUUUGUUGGACUUUUUAUAUCUGUUUAAAACUAUUUUGUGCAGCUACGAGAAAAAAAAAGUGAGAAACGAAAAUAUGAAUGUCGAAAUUGAAUUCUUAAGAAUAAUGCACAGAAGACAGUUUGGAGAUUAUUUAUCAACAUUAACUAUUGAAUUGCCAAACUAUAAAGAAAAGGACAUGCUUUAAGAUUCUUGCACGGAAAUAUGAAUUGAAGUUUGAAUAAACUUCAAAAAGUUUACAUAUUUUAACAUUUUAUUUUUUAUGUUUCAAGCUAAUAUGCAAGACUGGUCACUAAACAUAUAUUUUAAGGAAAUAAUCUUUCACAAAAUAUUUCAGCAAUUCAUUCAUUGCAUGCCUAUGGAAAAAUCAAAAAAUGAAUGAACUAGAUUGAACUUUGUGAUGCUUACUCAAAAACCUUCAGUUUCAUUGUAUUAAUUAAGCAUAUGUGUAAGCCUAUGAACCAUUUUUUUGAAAAUUCUAAUUUUUUUUAAACAUUUUCAAAGAAAAAUAAAAUUAUGUCAGCCAUUACUCAAAAUUCUUUGCAUAAGAGCUUUAAAAUAAUUAAAAUCAGGUCAAGAUGCAUUGCAUUUAAUAUAUUAAAAGUUUGGAUUUUUUAAUUAAUUUUUUAGCGUUAAUCUUACCAAAAGUAUUUAUUUCUGAACGCAUUAGUCAAAAUAACGAAUUUAAGAAUAAAUUUAAAUCCCUAGAUCCUUGAUUUUAAUCACAAUAAAAAAAAAUGUGUAGCCUGUGUUAUAACAGAAAAAUACAAUUCCUUUUGAUAAGAUAAUUUUUUUCGCAUCUAAGCUUCAAGUUUUAUGACGUUAACUUUUCUCAUGACAAAAGGAUUUGUAAAGUUUUUACUUACAUCGUUAGAGAAAUAUAUCUUAGUUCAAUAUGUGUUAAUAAGCGAAAGCAAAUAUACAUACACAUUAUUGACACACAAUAAUACCCUAAAUAAAUUUAACAUAUAUAUUUUAAAAUAGAAUAAAUAGAUAUAUACAACCAUAUAUUUUAGCAUUAGAAUUUAGUGGAAAAGAUAUAUUGAAAAAUGACUAUUAUGGUGAUGAAAAAAAAGGAUUUCUAUACAAAAUAUAGUGUCUAAAGAAAAAGAGAUAAGCAAAAAAGAAAAUGAAAAGCACACUAGAAUUAUAAUGCAUAAAUAUAUGAUAGAAAGCAAAGGAUAAUAAAUGUAUAAUAAAACUCAAUCCUUUAUAAAUCCACACAGUUCACAAUUUGAUUAUUAUAAAAUUAAUUUCUUUAACUUAUCCUCGUAUCAUUUACAAAUUAAAUCGUUAUAAUUUGCUUGAAAAUUUUAAAUUAUUUAAAAUCUUUGAGAAGUAAAUGCAAUUUUGUAUUCAAACUCAUUAAAUCUUUUAUUAAAAUGAUACUAAUGUUAGCCCAAUUUCAAAACUUUUCUACCUAUUUAUCAUAAAUUUGGACAGCAUUUACAAUAAAAAUCAGUAUUUAAUUAUAAAGUGUGUAAUUUAAAUUUGAUAUGGCACAUUUUCAUGACAAAACGCUACACAUAAAUGCUAAAACUAUUAAAAGCAUAUCAUUUUUUAAGAAAGAAAAAAAAAUUUUUGUAAGCAUUUAUAAUGAGCUUUAUAAAACACAAGAGUGGAAUUAAAUAAUCUAAAUCCACAAUUCUUGCCAUAAGUGUCAGUUAUCAACCUAUAUCUAUCUUUAUUUGACUUUAAUAUGCAAAAUUGAUUAUAAAAGUAUUACUGUUGAUUUAAGUUCUUAAUUUUUUAAAAAAUGUCAAGCUACAAAAAGAAAAGCUCGUAAGAUUCUUCUUAAAUGAAUGUCUUUUAUUACAAGUAUAAAGUUUCCUAAACUAAACCUUUUCUUCUUUUUUUAAUGUACAUCUUUUUCCCUCCAAUUUUACAAAGAAAAAAAAAUAAGAACAAUUACUUACUAGACGUUUUGCUUGAAUGUAUUGCAUUUAUUAAAAAAAAAAUUCUCUUAACACGUAACUUACCUUCGAGUCUUAAAGAAUCCAUAAGGAGAAAUGUUUGAAACAAAUUUUUCUUAUAUAGAUGUAGUGAAUUUAAUAAAUUUAUAAUUUAAUAUUAUUUUGAAUUGAAUUUUUGUUUAAUUAUUCUUUUAAAGUUUAAACUUCAAGUUACACAAAACACAUCUUCAAAAAAUAAUAAUCAAUUAAAAAAAUAAUCCUAAGGAACAAAUCGACCACAGUUUCAGAAUUAAAAACUCUUCGAAUUUUAAUAAAAAAAAUUGAAAGAACACUGAAAGAUUUAUGUUAGCGUUAUGAACAAAAAAUGAUUAAAAAGAAUAAUGAUGGAAAAAUAUAUUAAAUCCUAUCUAGGUCUUCUAAUAAGUGAAAAUGAAAAUAAAUUCAAAAUGUUGUAAAACUGAGAUAAAUAUAAUAAUAAAACAUAGAGUAUAGUUUUUUUUUCUGAUAUGAGAAAAAAAUGUGCGAAUGAAUAUAAAUUAUAAAUAAAACAAAAUAAUGGAACUAAAAGGAUGAAUUGUAAAUUUUAUUAAAUUUGAGCAAUAAAAGGUUUUUGUUGAGAAAAAAAUACUUUACAACUUUUCCCGUUUUUUUUUUUAUUCAACAUAAUAUUUUUUACAAAGCUCUGCUUAGUAUGUAUCCUAGAGCUAUCAUUAGUAUACCUAAAAGAAGAUUUGAUCUUAAUUUAUUCAUGCCAUUUCCAGGAUCAACAUCUAACCUUAAUUGACUUGAAAGAUUGGCAGGAACAUCUACAUAAACUUUAUCGAGACCAAAGUGAAAAAUCAUUUUUCUCAAAUUCUCUACAUUAACAUUAUCGUUUUCAGAAGACCAUAUCGUGAAAGUAACCAAAUUUGUAGCAUUUAAUGAUUGAUAUAAAUGAUUGAGUGUUUCUAUAGACUGUGCAGCAAUACCAGCCCUAACAGGAAACGUUAUUGCAUUAUUUUUUUGAUGUUUUUUUAUUCCAUCAAUCAUAACUUUCACUUGUUCAUGAGUAUAGAUUCCUUCAGUAUAAUUAAUACCCCAUCGAGUGGUCCAACCUAUAAUUUAACCAAGAUAUAAAGAUGAAGCUUUGCACAAAGAA